AUGAAUACACAGCUACACAACAUACAUGAUCGUGCGCUUGAGCAUGUUACAGUAAACGAACUAGAAAGAUCCUUCACCUUUUUGAUACGAUUAGCGCAACAGGAAGCGUUUUCAGAGGAGAUCAGUUCUUUACAAAAGAAUCGUAAACUUCAAUGCAAUAACCGCUUAGUUAGCUUAAACCCAUUCAUAGACGAAUGCGGAAUCAUGCGCGUUGGAGGGCGCUUGACGACAACGCCCCCUCCAGCUAAGUGGCGUCUUGGAAGAGUCAUUCAGCUGUCACCUGGCACCGACGGCGUCACCCGAGUUGCAACGUUGAAAACCGAGAACGGAAUGACUUCUAGAGCUAUCAAUCGCCUGGUUCCAUUGCCGGUUGUCCAUCCGCAGGAUUCCCAAGGCCCGGGGCAUGUAUGUGCUACGCCACUGGCAAAAUGGGUUUCGACCAUCUCCCGCAGGAGCGCGCCACCAUCCAGCGCGCAGCCUACCACUGCCGACCGGAAGACCGUUGAAUUUUGA